AAUUGGAAUAGGAUUUUUCCAAAGAUAUAAUUAAAAACAAGAAGCAGGCUUGAAUGUGGAUCAAGGCGUCUAGAAACUAUGCAGUUUGAGCACAAUUUUUGCAAGUUCAACGCUUGAUUUUCAAGUUCAUUCCUCCUAAGCCUUCGAUCCGCCAUGUUUGUUCCCGUUGUCAUGGAGACGGGUUCUAUUUACACCUAUGACAGCUAGCCAGUGCUAAAGGCACAGGCGUUACAGUCAUCUAUUUCAUGAGAAGAAGUCAAACAAUGGCGACUACAAAGUUCGACUGGAAGACGAAGAAGAAAAUGCUUGACGACUUAGAGGUUGGGAACAAGAUCACGCCAAUCCUCAUAGAUCUUUUGCAACGAAAGUGGGUGGGGCCGCGAGCCCUUGCUGGGCGAUUUUUCAGCAAAAAGGAUGAAGAAGAACAGGACCAGGAAAAGACAAUCAACAGCCUGAAAAAGGGGACAGCAGAAGACGACUUGGUUGUUUCUGAGAAGGUAAGUUCUGGUUUCUUUACAAGUGUCAAUUGUCAUGUCAGGCCCUUGUUCAGCACUGUAAAGUCCUAGUGCUUUUUGUUGUAAGGUCACUUGAUGCACAUUCACUGUCUGCAGAAAAUGUAACGUUACUUCAUCUUUAUCCGCGAAGUAACCUUUAUCAGUAGUACUUAAAA